UUUCUUCGUCCCUGUUUCCGCCCGUAACUCGUGCGUCGACACUACACUUCCGUACACUUCCGGGCCGGAGGUUACGUUCCACACGUAUAUAGUUGAAAACAGUGGCUGCUGCUGCUGCUUUCUAUCUGCAGAGCAGCGGUGGACAAGAUGGACGGGAAGGUGAAGGAGCAGAAGAAGCACCAGAAGAAACACAGCGGUCCGAAAGCAGAGAAGAAGAAGCUGAAGAAUCAGGGAGCGUCCACCGAGGAUGACGAACGCAAACGUAACCCCAAAGCCUUCGCAGUCCAGUCUGCGGUCCGGAUGGCCAAAACCUUCCACAGGGCCCAGGACAUAAAGACCAAAAAACAUCACAUCCCUUUGGUGGACCGGACGCCUCUGGAGCCGCCGCCUGUCGUCAUUGUGGUUGUCGGACCUCCAAAAGUUGGAAAGAGCACCUUGAUCCGCUGCCUGAUCAAGAACUUCACAAGACAGAAGCUGGGGGACAUCUGUGGACCGGUGACCAUUGUCUCUGGAAAGAAACGUCGUCUGACUUUUGUGGAGUGCAGCAAUGACAUCAACACCAUGAUUGACCUGGCAAAAGUGGCCGACCUGGUGUUGAUGUUGAUCGAUGCUAGCUUUGGUUUUGAGAUGGAGACGUUUGAGUUCCUCAACAUCUGUCAGGUCCAUGGUUUUCCUCGUAUCAUGGGCGUUCUGACCCAUCUGGACUCCUUCAAGAACAACAAGACCCUGAGGAAGACCAAGAAGAACCUCAAACACCGCUUCUGGACUGAAGUGUACCAGGGGGCCAAACUGUUCUACCUCUCUGGGAUGGUCUACGGUGAGUACCAGACUCAGGAGGUGAAGAACCUGGGUCGCUUCAUCUCCGUUAUGAAGUUCCGUCCUCUGGUGUGGCAGACGUCUCACCCCUACGUCCUGGUUGACCGAAUGGAGGACCUGACUGACCCGGAGAAAGUAAGGACCGAGCCGAAGUGUGACAGGACCGUGUCUUUGUAUGGCUACCUGAGAGGGACAUACCUGAAGAACAAAGGCCAGAUCCACAUCCCAGGUGUCGGAGACUUCCAGGUGUCAGAGGUCAACUUCCUGCCUGACCCCUGUCCUCUUCCUGACGCUCAGAAAAAGAGAGCGCUGAACGAAAAGGAGCGACUGCUCUACGCCCCCAUGGCUGGAGUGGGCGGAGUCGUCUACGACAAAGACGCCGUCUACAUCGACCUGCCGGCCAAUCACGUCCAACUGCAGCAGCAGGACCAAGUCCGUCCCACCACAGAACUGGUCCAGUCUCUGAUGGACACACACGCUGCUCUGGACGUAAAGAUGGCUGCCAGUAAAGUCUCUCUGUUCAGUCACUCUGCUCAACUGGACCAGGAGGAGAUGGAGCAGGAGACCAGAGACGGAGACGGUCCUCAGGAGGAGAGGGUCUGGGACGCACACACUCAGAGGGAGAGGAGGAAGGUGGUCUUCUCAGACAAAGACCAGGAGGACGAGGAGGAGGGAGAAGACAGUGAAGAAGAGGAGGAAGGCAGUGAAGAGGAGGAAGACAGUGAAGAGGAGGAAGAGGAGGAAGAGGAGGAUGACCAGGUGUCGUCUUUUCUUAAAGAAGCCCGGGCCAAAUCUGACGCUGGUCCAACACCAGCAAAGAAACAGAGACUGGAGGGGGGAAGAGGAGGGACAGAGGGGGUUGAGGAGGUGCCGGCGUUUGCUGACAGUGAGGACGAUCUGGAGAUGAGUGACGAGGAGGAGGAAACGGGGAGAGGAGGAGACUCUGGACACUGUUCUGAGGAAGAGGAGGAGAGUGAGGAAGAUGGUGAGGAAGAAGGAGCUGCCGAGGAGGAGCCAGUGGAGAGUGAGGAGGAGGAGGAACAGGGAGCUCUGAGGUGGAAGGAGGACCUGCAGGAGAAAGCAGCCGCUGCGUUUCUGCGUCAACAGGAAGCUGCUCCAAACCUCAGGAAGCUGGUGUACGGUUCAGUCGGAGAAGGCACCGGAACGUCGCAGGAGGAACAGGAGGAGGAGCUGGGAGGUCUGUUCAAAGUCAGCCGACCUCAGAAGAGUAGGAAAGUGACGUCCGACUCUCUGGAUUGUUCACACUUCAGACCUGACUCCUCUCACGACUGGGACCAGGAGGAGAUGUUGAAUUCCAUCAGAGACUGCUUUGUGACGGGGAAGUGGGAGGAGGCUCAAGAUGCGGCCACCCUGCUGAAGGAGGACGAGGAUCUGUACGGAGACUUUGAGGAUUUGGAAACUGGAGAAACCCAUACGGGUCAAACCCAAGAUCAGGACCAGGCUCAGGACACUGAUGAGGAGGAAGAUGAGGCUGAGGAGACCGUGGUGCGGGUGGACGAUGACGAGCGUCAGAAGAACAAACGUCUGGAGAAGAAACGUCGACUGAAAGAGCGCUUUGACGCAGAGUACGACGACAAGGACGCCACGUACUUCGACGACCUGAAGGAGGAGAUGCAGAAACAGGCCGAGUUGAACCGGACAGAGUUCGAGGACGUGGACGAUGAGACCAGGGUCCAGUACGAAGGGUUUCGUCCAGGGAUGUACGUGCGGCUAGAAAUCUCCUCUCUGCCCUGUGAGUUCGUCACCAACUUUGACCCUCACUAUCCCAUCAUCCUCGGCGGUCUGGGUUCCAGUGAAGGAAACGUCGGCUACCUGCAGCUGCGGCUGAAGAAACACCGCUGGUACAGUCGCAUCCUGAAAACCAGAGACCCUCUGAUCCUGUCUCUGGGCUGGAGGAGGUUCCAGACCGUCCCUCUGUACCACAUCCAGGACCACAACGGACGACACCGUCUGCUCAAGUACACGCCUCAGCACAUGCACUGUGGCGCCUCCAUCUGGGGACCAAUCACACCUCAGGGAACAGGAUUCCUGGCUCUGCAGUCGGUCUCUGGAAUCAAAGCCAACUUCCGCAUCGCAGCCACUGGUGUGAUCCUGGACCUGGACAAGUCUGUGACCGUGGUGAAGAAGCUGAAACUCAUCGGUUACCCGUACAAGAUCUUCAAGAACACCUGCUUCAUCAAGGGCAUGUUCAACACCGUGCUGGAGGUGGCCAAAUUUGAAGGCGCUGCAAUAAGAACUGUGUCGGGUGUCCGCGGUCAGAUCAAGAAGGCCCUGUCGACACCAGCAGGAUCGUACAGAGCCACGUUUGAGGACAGGCUGCUGAUGAGCGACAUUGUGUUCCUCAGGUCCUGGUACCCAGUGACCAUCCCUCAGCUCUACAACCCUGUCACCUCACUACUGCUCCCUGCUGGUGAGAAAGACACCUGGUCUGGGAUGAGGACUCUGGGCCAGCUCAAACAUGACCUGGGCGUCCGCAACAAACCAAACACUGACUCCCUGUACAAGCCUGUGGUUCGAUCCCAGAGACGCUUCAACCGUCUUCACAUCCCCAGAGAGCUGCAGAAGGCUCUGCCCUUCAAGAGCAAACCCAAACUCCAGCAGGCCAAAGGAAAGACGCCCAGAGACCUGCAGAGGGUGACGGUGAUCAGAGAACCUCACGACAGGAAGGUGGCAGCACUGCUCCACGCUCUGGCCACUGUGCACAACCAGAAGAGGAAGAAAGCAUCGACGGCACAGCACAGCAAACACAAGGAGUUCCUGAAGGAGAAGGAGAAACAAGAGGAGGCCAAGCUGAAGAGGCAGAAGGAGGCCAAGAAGAAACUGUACAGAGUGAUGGGACAGGAGGAGCAGAAGAAGAGCCGCUCCAGCCUGAAGGGGGCGCCGCAGGACGACUAAGCGCCAGACUGACCUCUGAACUGUGGAUUUAUUUUUUUGAUGUUUGUUCUGAGUUGAAUUUUUAUUUUAUGAAAAACAAAACAUGAUGAAAAAUCUGA